AUGGCCUUCCUAACAAAAGACUUUAUACUUACCACGAAUAAAGAGGAAUACCCCAAAGCUUUAAAAGCAAAGGCUCAGACAAAAAAAGAUCAAGCGAAGCUGCUACAAUUGGACAAUUGGAAAGAAGAGGUGAUCUCCAAAACUCUUGAUCACAGAUAUCAAAAGGAAAGUCAUCUUUUCUUAACUAAGGAAGAGCUGAUUAAAUUGGUGGAAUGGAAAUUGGAGAAAGGUAAAUUUCGUCCUACUCUUCGGAAACUGGUGUCUUCUAACGACGAGACUGUCGUAAAGCAGGUCACAGGAAGAGGAUAUGAUAUCUUUAUUGCAUAUAUUCAAGGAAAAGAAGAGUUUUUGACGUCAGUCAAGAAAUCUUUGGACGAGUUUUGCAAGUUGAAAGGUGUUGGGCCAGCUACUGCCACAUUGAUUCUAUCACUAUUCCCCAGUGUAGGCGACAAAAAGGUAGUUCCAUUUUUUUCCGAUGAGUCAUUCAUGUAUUUCAAUGACAUUAAAAUUAAAUAUACACUAAGAGAGUAUUUGGAUAUCUACUUACCAAAAGUUGAAGCUAUAGGAGAAGAAACCGGUAUUAAUGACUUGUCUAUAAUUGAAAAGUUCACAUGGACCCUCUUCAUGAACGGCAAAACUGACUCAAACACCUCAAACUCGAAAAGAGCAUCUGAAGACACUGCUGCUCCAACUAAAAGAAGGAAAUAA